GAAGUUGGGGAAGAAGAAGAAGACGACGGAAACAAUGGCAAUUAGCUUAGGGAGGGUCGUCGUUCCGUCGUGUACGAUUCCUGGAGAUCGGCUCUUCGGACCAAACUUCACGGCCAUCUGCAGCGUCUCUUGCGGACGAAUCAAUGUCGGAACCGGCGUCAUUUUUGCUCGGCGACGCCGUGACAUUGGCGGGUUUUUAAUAACUAGCUGUCUCUCACCGGAUUCGUCUUCUUCUCCACCGUCUUCUUCCUCCGGGACGAAGACGAAACUCUAUGUCAGUGGGCUUUCUUUCCGCACAACGGAAGAUACCUUACGGGAUACUUUUGAACAGUUUGGCAAGCUUAUACACAUGAACUUAGUGAUGGAUAAAGUAGCUAAUAGACCAAGAGGUUUUGCUUUCCUACGGUAUGAAACAGAGGAGGAGGCUAUGAAAGCUAUUCAAGGGAUGCAUGGAAAGUUUUUGGAUGGAAGGGUUAUAUUUGUGGAGGAAGCUAAAACCAGAUCAGAUAUCUCCAGAGCUAAACCCAGACCAGACUUCCCCAAACCUCAAUCCAAACCUCGCACCUUUCGGACGUGGUAGCUGUUUUGAUUUUGUCUUAUCACUGUGUAAUGAAUUGUAAAAUCUUCA